CCCGUCAACCCUGCAUUUUCUCUCUCUAAUUGUCCAUUUUCUCUCUAUUUUCCCAGCAACCAAACACCCUAAUUUCUGCCUUUUGUCCGUUAUAAAAUUCUCUUUAUCUUUUUCUCUCUCUUCACCCAACCCACUUCUCAGUCCUAAUCUCUCUUUGAGAUACGAGUUUAAGACUGUUUAAGGUUGUCUCUUUUUGUUCAUCUGAGGAGCAUAAUCCUGGGAUUAGUUUCUUAUUUCUGUGAAACUGAAGACAUUUUGGAUAUUUUUGAAGAUUGGAAAUGGAGGAAUACAAAGAAGAGAACGACAGGAAGAGAGUCCGGGGUGAGUUAGACACGGGGUCUCCCGUGUCUAAACUCGCCAGGCUGGACUCGGCUGAGUCGGACUCUGUUGAACCUGACUCGGAGGAGUUAGACGUGCCCUCGCCUGAGGUGAAGCUUUUCCAAGAUGAUUUGCUGAAUAUUCUGGAUGACUCGGACCCGGUUAACGAGUGCGACCCGGGUAUUCAGGGGCUUGACUCGGUCAUUAAGAGCUUUGAAGAGGAGAUUUCUGUGCCCACGCAGGUGCCGGUGGUGGCGUUGGAUUCCGGCGAGUCUAGGUCUGACCUCGGGUUCCUUCUUGAAGCUUCCGACGAUGAGCUAGGUCUGCCGCCGAGUUUUCCUGUUGCGGAUGAGCCGAAAGCCGAGGCUUUUGAUUUGGAAGCAAGUGAAGGAGGAGCCGUUGUGCUUGGAGAGAUGUUAGGGUUCGAGGAGGAGAUACUGAGUUAUGACUCGUUUGAGUUGGGAAUCCUCGGUGACUCGGGUAGUAACGGUAAUAACGGCGGUGAUUUCGUGGCUUUAGGUGGUCUGUUUGAUCACAACGAUAGCUGUGAACCGGCAGAGGUUUCGGAGUUCGCGUGGCGGACCGAAACGCUUCCGGCUUUGUAGAAACGUUUCGGGGUUAGACCGUUUCGUUUUGACAGAGUGACAUACUGUUUAUAGUUUUAGGCUUGUAAAUUUGGUAAAAAAAAAGGGUGGGGUUAUUGCCACAGCCAUUAAUGUUAAUGCCACAGCUUUUUUUAGUUAUUAGACUAUUAUACCCCUCAUUUGAAUUUAACUUGCAGCCGCCACCACUUUCUCCCGCGUGGGUUUAUGGUCAAAUAACUGAAAAAGCUGUGGCAUUAACAUUAGUGGCUGUGGCAAUAACCCCACCCAAAAAAAAAAGGGGAAUGUUUUUAAUGCGAAAAGAAUAUUUCAGAAAUGUUAAUGAAUGGCUUGUAUGUUU